AUGGACAAAAUGUUGGAAGCGGCCCAAGUGGUGGACUCCCGGAUAUGCAAGGGGGAGUGUGCUGGCGAGGCUGCUGAAACGAUCAAGAAGCUCAAAGUGACAGUGGAGAUGCUGGUGCAGCAGUUGAAGCAGGUCAACGCUCGACUAGCAGCAGCCGAAAAGAGAAAUGUGUUCGGUGCUGAUGAGAAAAAAGGUGCAGAUGUCACGGGGAGCAUAGUUGAGACUGCUGCUGAAGACAAGGAGAAAGAAGUUCCCAAGAGUGACACUCGUGAGGAGCAGAAAUACAAGGCUAUGGUGCAGCGGAAGGAUGCUGCUAAGAAGGAGAAAUCUUUGGUGCUAAAUGUGGGAGGUUAUGCAGCUGAUGAGGCUAAGGAGAUUGGUGAACCCAAGGUGAAGCCGGGCUUGAAGGAAGCAGAGAUUGCGGGGGAGCAGAUGAGUGCAUUCCCUAAAACUGGAGUUGGGAUAAGCUAUGCGGCGGCGCUGGUGAAAGGCAAACGCAAAGAGUUAGUUCAGGAGGGAAAGCAGUUUGGCAAGGAUAUGAAUACUCCUAUGCCAAUGACGGAAGCAGUGAAGGGAGCAGUUAUUUCUAGUGAUGUCGUGGGUGGAUUCGAAUAG